AUGCACGUGUUGGUAUCGUAUGCUGUGACGGGAGCGGUAUGUUUGGCAUUGGAGCAAGGGCUGCGCGCGCUGGCUGGGCAUCAGGUUGUGUCCAGUGUGACGGCACGUCGUCUGACACACGCGUUGAUGGGUCCCGUGUUCAUGGGCUGCUGGCCUCUCUUCUCGGCCACUCCAACAACACAAGAGGCGCUGCUGGCCGCAAGCGUGCCGCUGCUCGUCACCCUCAAGUUUGCACUCAUUGGUUUUGGGAUCCUCAAUGACGAUUUUACCGUCCGCAUGCUAUGUCGCCAUGGCGAUCGCACAGAAAUCCUGUAUGGGCCAGUGCAGUAUGGCAUCAUCUUCACCACCGCCACCGCGCUGUACUUUCAAUCCCCACUUGCUGUGGUCUGUCUCAUGAACCUCUGUGUGGGCGACGUCAUGGCAGCCAUCCUAGGUGCUCGAUACGGCAAGACGAGGUGGCCGCUGCCUGUCGGAAAUCCAAAGACCAUCCUUGGCUCCGUUGCUUUCCUUGUGUCCAGUUUCCCAGCGUCGUGGCUGAUGCUGCACACCAUGGGGCUUGUGCUACCGUCAAUGCAUCCGCUGCCGACGACAGCGCAGCUGGGCGUGGUAUCGACAGCCGCUGCUCUUGUUGAAGCGCUCUCGCCCUCAAAACUCGACAACAUCACCGUGUUCCUCUCCACGCUCUUCAUCUACCACACCUUCAUCACUGCAUAG